AUGACUGACCCGCUCUCGAAUCACGACGCCGAUGUGGACAGAACUACCCGGAACUUAGAGAGUCUCCGGGCCACAUUUUGGCUACUUCAGACUACGCUGCAGACUCGCACCUUGUUAGAGGCAGAAAGGGUUGCGGUGACGAAUAUCGAAUCCCGACUAGAAAAAUGUCUGGAAAUUAUUCAAGAGCUGGAGGAAGAGAGCAAGAAGUUUAAGAAAGCCACUGAUCCCGGAAUCGCUGGCAAAGUCAAGGUAGCCGGUCGUCGCUUAGCUUAUCCGUUCCGGAAAAGCGAACUACAGAAGCUUCACGAAGAUAUCGAUGAAAUACCUGAAAAUGUCGACGUUUCUCUUGGAGUCCUGCAAUUGAGGGAUCAGCAAAUAAUACAUAACAGCGUUCGCGACGUCAAGAUGCUCAUUGAAGUUGUGAGAGCUGGUGUGAUCUCCUUGGAGAUACGCAGUUGGCUCAGAGCACCGGACGCCAGCAUCAAUCACAAUGCCAUGUGCACCAAGCGAUACCUCGACACUGGUGCAUGGUUUGUGGAAGGGCCUCUUUUCACUAACUGGAUAACGAAACCAAAUUCAUUCCUCUGGCUGAAUGGAUUUGCAGGGCGCGGGAAGUCCAUUUUGUGCGCAACAGCGAUCCAGCAUGCUUUCCUCCACACACGAUCGGACGCCCGUAAAGGUAUCGCUUUUUUCUAUUUCACUUUUGACGAUGAGCCCAUACAAGACGAGUCUCCAAUGUUGCGGGCAGUGUUUCUACAGCUCUCUGGUCAAGUUCCAGAGGGUAAUACCGACAUUACGGAGUUGCAUACUUUGCACCCUGAUACCAUGCCUCCAUCCUGA